CUCCCUUAAGAUACUGCGCUUACUUAGCCUUCGCUUGGCAAAACAGCUUGUAUCGGUACAUCUUACCCACAUCUUACCCCGCUCCUAGUGCUACCUAUCUCACUACCAUCCCACUACCAUCCCACUACAAUCCAGUGCACUACUUACCACUACUUACCUAAACGACGGCGGUCAUCGUUGGUUAUAUAAAUCCCCAUCCGCGGCACCCCACUGCACACUGCGAUGGUCAAUUGCUUUUUCGUGACCAGCACAUUCAUAUUGCGAGCUCAAUACAGACAAUUCACCCGUAUCAGCCACCGCAAACCCCGACUCCAAGCUCGUCAUAUCUGCUACGGAAGUCUCUGGACUGCCACCACCACUGUAUCAUAUCGAAGUCAUAGUAGCUUCUCCACAAUGGCCUCCAGCGUUGAUGCCAUCCUGGCCGGGAAAUACCCCGCCAAAGCCCAUGCUCGCCGUGUAGUCGAAUAUAUCAAGAAGACCAAGCCAGAGGCUGCUGGUGUUUUGUACUUGGAGGGCCAGAAGACGCGCCUGAUAGAGGAUAACGAUGAGCCUGUCCAUUUCCGCCAGCGACGAUUCUUCUACUAUCUCAGUGGAUGUGACGUUCCCGAUUGCCAACUUACAUAUGACAUCGCCCCUGAGAAAUUAACUCUUUACAUCCCCGCCAUCGAUCCGGACUCUGUCAUCUGGUCCGGACUGCCGCUAUCUGAGAAGGAAGCUUUGGAGCUCUAUGAUGUCGACCAGGUCCGGACCAUCCCACAAGUGAACCAGGUUCUCAGAACUUCGCAAUCCAAGAAGACUGUGUUUGCUAUUGCCGGGCAAGUCCCCGAUGAUGUCACCUUCCUGGACUUUGAAAACACAGAUUUUGAUCUCUUGAAGCCAGCCAUUGAAGAAUGCCGUGUUGUCAAGGACAAGUACGAGGUUGCGCUAACUCGUAGGGCAAACGAAGUCUCUACGAUUGCCCACACAGCUGUGCUAAAGGCUGUCAAGAGCGCAAAGAACGAGCGUGAGCUACAGGCGCUCUUCUUGCAGCGCUCUAUUGCAAAUGGAUGCCCAAACCAGGCAUACAGCCCUAUUUUUGCUGCUGGAACAAGCGCAGCAACUCUGCAUUAUCUCAAGAACGAUCAGCCCCUUGACGGCAAGCUUAAUCUCCUUGUUGACGGUGGUGCAGAUUAUUCCUGCUAUGCCUCGGAUAUUACCAGGACGUUUCCUAUCAAUGGCAAGUUCAGCAAAGAGAGCAGGGAGAUUUACGACAUCGUUCUGCGCAUGCAAGAAGUUUGUAUAGAUAUGCUCAAAGAGGGUGUUGCUUGGGAUGAUGUUCAUCUUGAGGCACACAAGGUUGCCAUUGAAGGGCUGCUGAGAAUCGGGAUUCUUCAGGGAGACAAAGAAGAUAUCCUUAAGUCAAGAACCAGUGUUGCAUUCUAUCCCCACGGAGUUGGCCACUAUCUUGGCAUGGAUACACACGACAGUGGCGGCAAUCCUAACGCCAGCGAUAAGGACACUAUGUUCAGAUACUUACGUCUCAGAGGGAACCUACCAGCAGGUUCCAUUGUCACGGUCGAGCCAGGAAUUUACUUCUGCAAUUUCAUCAUCGAGCCGUAUCUGCAAGACCCAGUUCACUCUGCUUACAUCGACUUUGAGGUGUUGCAGAAGUACUGGGAAGUUGGUGGUGUACGCAUCGAGGAUAACAUUCUGAUCACGAAGGAUGGUUAUGAGAACCUGACGACUGCCGUGAAGGACGUUGAUGAGAUGGAGAAGCUCAUCAACGGAGCAUAAUCUAAUCUUACAGAAUUAUCAUACCUACCACAGAUAGCUGAUGUACUAGGAGGCGUUUGCUUUACCACCACAGAUAUCUGAUGGUAAUGGGAGAUGUUUUGCUUUACCACCGCAGACUGCUGAUGGUCUGUGAGAUAUUUUUUGUCAAGAAGUAUAUUCGGAAUUUACACCGUUUAGUUCGAAAUCCAAAUGAAACCUGUCACACGU